CCAUGUCUUCUCAAGAGAAUAUUAUUUGGCGAACCCUUUCUAGUAGCGACUUUGAUAAAGGAUAUACAAAUCUAUUAAGCGAACUUAGUACUGUGGGAAGCGUGGAAAAGAGUGAAUUUUUAAGUCGUCUCCAUCAAAUACAGAGUUAUCCAGAUUACUACAUUUUAGUGGCAGAAGAUGUGACUCAGUCACAGGUGAUUGCAAGUGGUACUUUACUUGUAGAACUUAAGUUUCUUCACAAUUGUAAGUCCGUCGGCCAUAUAGAAGAUAUUGUUGUGUCCAAGUUGUAUAGAGGCCUUGGUCUAGGGAAAAUACUUGUAGAUAAAUUAGUACAAGAAGCAAAAAGUCGGAAUUGUUACAAAGUCAUACUCAGCUGUUCACCUGGAAACGUUGCCUUUUAUGAAAAGUGUAACUUUGUUCAAAGAGAGCUUCAAAUGGUUUGUUAUUUUAAUGAGUAAUAUUUCGCUCUUUUUGCUGUUCACUCAUUUCAGUUGGCUGUGAUCCUUUCGAAGACUGGUUUUGGCACACCAAGAAAUUUAUUAGGAAUAACUUUAUUAUUCUUUUUGAAUUUAAUAUGCAGUGAAUUCAAUGUUUCAUUUGAAGUGAUGACAAAACACAAAAUAAAUCCAUUUGCUUCAGAUAUGAUUCUGUCACGAGCACUUUUGCUCUGUAUGAAUGUGUAAUUAUUGUU